CUCUUCAAUGUUGUGCACAUGGAUUUUGUGGGUGUUUUUCCAGUCGGGCCUGAUCGCAGUGGUAUUAGUUUUUGAGCGAGGAUUAAUUGAGUUGUAUUGCGAGGAAUGUUCGUAAUACUCUUUCACGCUGGGUGGGAGUUAUGGUUUUGUGUCCUUGUAAUUUAGAUCAAUUGAUGAAUUCGUCUUUGGUCGCGAGAUUCAGAAUUGGGUGUGAAGCAUGUCCUCGAGAGUGGCUUGAUUGUAGCGAAGAGUGUGGAAUACCAUACUGAUAGUAACUGCAGCAAGACAAUAUGGCAGACUGUGAAUCGAGAACCGGUUGAUGUUGUAGACUCCGUACAGUUUUGGUCGUGAAUUCUUGGUUCGAGAGGCAUUCGUUGCCGACGUAAGUUCAUAUAUUGUACAAGAAGCGGAGGUAGAGUGGUUUCUCGACGGACCGGUUUAAGGGAUUAAUCUCUGCCAAACCUGAUAAACCCCUCGGGUAAUUUUGGGAGCGGACGCGAAGUAGAUUGAUUUAUCUGUCGCUCCAGGGACGAUGCAAGGCACUAUGCAGUCACAAAUGUGGAGGGGACAGGUGAGCGGCGCAUCGCUCCACUUCACAGGCGCAACCCGAGUGCAGGGUAACAGCCACCAGGAUUUAGUAUAUCCCACGCAAUUUCACAAACAUGGCGUUCGGGCCUCUGCGGAGCGCGAGGUCAAGGCCAAGGCUGUAGCUGCCCCACCUACCAUCGCUGCAGACCGCCUCGUGCCACGCGUGGAAGAACGAGAUGGUUAUUACGUUCUUAAGGAGGAAUUUCGACAGGGCAUCAACCCGUCGGAGAAGAUAAAAAUCGCCAAAGAACCCAUGAAAUUCUUCAUGGAGAACGAGAUAGAAGAGCUGGCGAAAACGCCGUUCGCCGAGCUCGAUAGUUCGAAGGCAGGAAAGGACGACAUUGAUGUGAGAUUGAAGUGGUUGGGCCUCUUCCACCGUCGCAAACAUCAAUAUGGGAGAUUCAUGAUGCGGUUCAAGCUUCCAAAUGGGAUCACGAAUAGCUCGCAGACGCGGUUCUUGGCUGAGACAAUCUCCAAGUACGGAGAGUAUGGGUGCGCUGAUUUGACGACACGUCAAAACUGGCAAAUCAGGGGGAUUGUUCUCGAAGACGUGCCUGCUCUUCUGAAGGGAUUGGAAUCAGUAGGCCUGUCAUCUUUGCAGAGCGGCAUGGACAACGUUAGGAACCCAGUUGGUAACCCUCUUGCAGGAAUCGACCCUGACGAAAUUGUCGACACUGCCCCGUUCUGCAAGGUACUCAGCGAUUACAUCAUCAACCGAGGGCAAGGAAAUCCUCAGAUCACCAAUUUACCUCGGAAAUGGAACGUGUGCGUGGUUGGAACACAUGACUUGUUCGAGCACCCGCACAUCAACGACCUGGCGUACAUGCCAGCCACAAAGAACGGUGUCUUCGGUUUCAACAUCCUGGUGGGAGGAUUCUUUAGCCCUAAGCGGUGUGCGGAAGCAAUUCCCAUGGAUGCUUGGGUGCCAGCAGAUGAUGUCGUUCCCUUGUGCAAGGCAAUUCUGGAAACCUACCGAGACCUUGGAACCCGAGGCAACCGACAGAAGACCCGCAUGAUGUGGUUGAUCGACGAGAUGGGAAUUGAGGAAUUCAGAGCCGAGGUAGAGAGGCGCAUGCCCGGUGGGUCCAUUCUUAGAGCCGGGAAGGACCUGGUCGAUCCAUCCUGGACGCGCCGGAGCUUCUAUGGAGUGAACCCGCAGAAGCAACCGGGCUUAAACUACGUAGGCCUCCACAUUCCCGUCGGCCGGCUGCAUGCUCCAGAGAUGUUCGAGCUUGCGCGCAUUGCAGACGAGUACGGCAACGGGGAGAUUCGGAUCUCGGUGGAGCAGAACCUGAUCCUGCCCAACGUCCCCACGGAGAAAAUCGAGAAGCUAUUGAAGGAGCCCCUCCUGGAGAAAUACUCCCCGAAUCCCACCCCUCUGCUCGCCAACUUGGUGGCCUGCACAGGCAGCCAGUUCUGUGGCCAGGCCAUCGCGGAGACCAAGGCCCGGUCGUUGCAGCUCACGCAAGAGCUGGAAGCCACCAUGGAAACCACUCGUCCUAUUCGGUUGCACUUCACCGGAUGCCCCAACACAUGCGCCCAAAUCCAGGUUGCGGAUAUUGGCUUCAUGGGUACAAUGGCACGAGACGAAAAUAGAAAGCCCGUGGAGGGGUUUGACAUCUACCUUGGAGGUCGUAUCGGCUCCGACUCACAUUUGGGAGAGCUCGUGGUGCCGGGCGUGCCUGCGACCAAGCUGCUCCCCGUUGUGCAAGACCUCAUGAUCCAGCAUUUCGGCGCCAAGCGUAAGACUUAAAGCAGCGCACACGCAUGCUCAGUCGGUGGCACGGGUCUCCGGGCACCCAUCGCCCACCCGCGCCACCGGUGUAAAUUUUACAGUAACCCCCGUUGUACAAGAGCACGAACCUCAACCCGCUCCCCGCCCGUCCCGUCCCCUUUCUGUUAGUUCAUAAGGGCCCGACGAGCGUGCAUUACGCCCGUCGCAUUGUAUAGGUUAUGUGAGUGUAAAGAGGGAUAUUUCCAGACUACGUAAUGGCCGUCACCCUUCGCAUUCUUACCUGUAAGGGUUUCAUGAAUUCGUGUACAGGCUUUGUGCCUGUUGAGAUUUGUGGAGGUGAAGGCUACCGCCAUGGCUAUGGCUAUGCCCUAGUGUUUAAUCGUUCUCUUGUAUCUUUGGUCUUAAAUUUCUACAGUUUUACAUAAAUGUUACCUCUAACAUAUAUUGAAAUAUUAUGCCAAAGUGACUCAUUCUCACAAA